CUUGAACGGAUUCCAGUCUCAAGUCUCUGGCAAACCCUAAUCCCUGAAACUCAUUUCUCUUCCUCUGCGGUUCAACAAUGGCAGAAACCCUAGUUUUGCGAGGUACCAUGAAGGGCCACUCGGACAUGGUAACGGCCAUAGCCACACCAGUGGACAACUCUGAUGUGAUAGUCUCUUCUUCUCGCGACAAGUCAGUCCUCCUGUGGCACCUCACCAAAGAGGAGGGCACCUAUGGUGUUCCUCGUCGUCGCCUUACUGGCCAUUCCCACUUUGUUCAGGACGUGGUCAUGAGUUCUGAUGGCCAGUUCGCUCUCUCUGGUUCAUGGGACGGAGAGCUCAGGCUUUGGGAUCUCAACACUGGCAUGACGACUCGUCGAUUCGUUGGUCACACGAAAAAUGUUUUGUCAGUGGCUUUCUCCAUUGAUAAUCGCCAAAUCGUUUCUGCAUCCAGAGAUCGAACCAUCAAGCUCUGGAACACCCUAGGUGAGUGCAAAUACACCAUUCAGGAUCAGGACUCUCACACUAACUGGGUCAGCUGUGUUCGAUUCAGCCCCAAUACCUAUCAACCUACCAUUGUCUCUGGUUCAUGGGAUCGAACUGUGAAGGUUUGGAACCUAACAAACUGUAAGCUCAGGUGUACACUAACUGGUCAUGCUGGCUAUGUGAAUAGUGUGGCUGUUUCACCUGAUGGCUCGCUUUGUGCUAGCGGUGGGAAGGAUGGGGUGACUUUGCUUUGGGAUUUGGCAGAGGGAAAGAGAUUGUAUUCAUUGGAGGCUGGGGGUAUUAUUCAUGCCCUGUGCUUCAGCCCCAAUAGGUAUUGGCUUUGCGCUGCUACUGAGGAGAGUGUCAAGAUUUGGGAUCUUGAGAGUAAGAGUAUUGUGCAGGAUCUCAAGACUGAUGCCCCAACGAACAAGAACCAGAUGCUGUACUGUACCAGUUUGAGUUGGAGCACCGAUGGAAGCACUCUCUUUACUGGAUAUACUGAUGGGGCAAUUAGGGUCUGGGUCGUGGGUCGCUAUUGAGUGCUUUUUUGAUAAGACUAGAGGCAAUGAGUUAUCAACUUUGUCUGUCGAUUUUUUUGCUAUUUAGGAUUCCUUUGAAUCAAGAACAGCCUAUCAAGAUUUGGAUGAGUGGUUAACAAUAGAUGUUGCUUGUCUUUUUGGGUUAUGGUGAUUUAUUUAAGCAUUGCAAAUAUCGAGAGAUUAAACAUGGAAGCAGAUUCACCUUCAUUAUAUUUUUAUGGUUUAUGAGUAGACUUUACCCUUUUUUUUUCUUUUCUUUUUUAAAGAGGCUGUUAAGGUACAAAUUUCACUUUCAAGAUUGUGGUUAGAAAUUAUC